AUAGCUGUCACGCAGCCUAUUAAAUAUUCAAAGCACAAGAACAGCAGAAGAGUGGGCUUGACCAUUGCGAUAGUGUGGAUUGUAUCUGCAGCUAUUGGCUCCCCGAUUGUCUUGGGACUCAAUACUUCACCCGAAAGGAUACCGGAAUUAUGCGUAUUCUAUAAUUCUGACUUUAUCAUCUAUUCGUCUCUGAGUUCUUUCUACAUUCCUUGCUUGGUGAUGAUUUAUCUGUACUACAAGAUAUUUAAGGCUAUCCAUGAACGAGCCAAGAAGAACAAACUCCGCUCCUGCAAUUCAGAUUCCGGAUGCGUUCGAAGUACAGCCAGUACCAGCUUAUCGACAGAUCCUUCUGCCAGAGCCAGGAAAGAUGAUAGCGAUCGCUCAAAAACCGGUGGAAGCUCAAGAGGUAUCCAAAUUGUUGUGGAAAGGGAUGGCAUCACCACAAAUACGGGAAGCGGCAGCCAGGAAGACGAUUAUGAUGAUGAAACAGGAGGAGAGGAAAGUAGUCAACGUGAUCCGAUGAAAGCAACUGCAGCUUCUGCAAUGUUACUCAGUGCUUUCAUGACACAAACUAUACGAAUUGAAAUUCCCAUUAACGGCAAUACAGAUUCCGGGUAUGGAACCUCUCAUGUGGAACAAGAAACUCAGUUCGUAAUAGAACCUGAGCAAGCAUCAGCAAUAGUUCUUGAAGCAGAUGAGACAAAAGCACCUUAUGCGAAAAGAAAUGGUCUUGGUAGGAGGAAAGGUGAUACACUUGGAAGCCAGAUCUCCGGCAGUAGUAGGAAGAAAAAAUCAAGAUUUAAUCUCGGAAGAAGACAUAAAAGCAGCAGAAAAAAGAGGGAAAAGGCAUCAGCUAAACGAGAAAGGAAGGCUACAAAAACACUUGCCAUAGUUUUAGGUAUGUUUCUGAUGUGCUGGGUUCCAUUUUUCACAUGCAAUAUACUAGAUGCAAUUUGCAUUAAGCUAGAAAACGAUAAAUGGAGACCAGGAAUGACAAUUUUCCUCCUAACAACGUGGUUAGGUUAUAUCAACAGUUGCGUUAAUCCAGUAAUAUAUACCAUCUUCAACAUGGAAUUCAGGAAAGCAUUCAAAAAACUGUUGUUGGUGAAUUCCUGGUGGUGCUGAAUUAAAAACUGAAAUUGGAUAUAUUCUCUGUGACUUUAAUUAUUGCUCAUUGGUUACAGUUAUAAAGCAGUUAUCAAAUAUUUGUGGUUGCAGAACUGUGUUGAUUAAUAACGAUAAGCUUUACUUCAAAUUCUCUGUAAUCGAAACUGCACAUAUGAUGUUAUGACGUUACAGUACAUUUAAUAUGAAUGAUCUGAAAAGGAGUUAACGAUAUUAUCAAACACUGUUUUUAAAUUUGUGUCUACCCAUGACACAUAAAUUAAAAUGAAAAUUAAAACUGCUUGCUUACUUAAAAAACCAUUUAAAUUUUCGCCUGGAAGAAAAUACUAAGGAAAUAUUUAUUUAACUUUUUUCACAAAUAAUCAUUUUAAUUUUUGAAAAUAAAAUACUUGCAUUGGUCAACAAUAAACUAAGAUGAGAACUGGAAAAUAAUAGUUGUACGAACACAUAUUAUGUAGCAAAAUGUAUGUAAAAUAAAAUUUGGAAUAUAAAUUUUAAAUUUGUUUAUGUAAGAUUUCACGACAUUAAAUAAAAGUCUUUUAAAAGCA